AUGCACCCAAGCCCGUUGCCAGCCCAUCUCACAAAGCACCUGCCCCUUUUGCAUUAUCCUUUUCGAAACAAUAACUUCCUUUUGGCUCAGCAAAACGAUGGCUUUUCGACCGGCACGGCGCUCUGGCUGGGUGCACAGUGUCUCUCUGCUUUUCUGGCAGAGAAUUUCACUAGCAGGAACCGCCUCAAGGUUAUCGAACUGGGAAGCGGUAUCGGCCUGACUGCGCUGGCGAUGAGCUCUCUGGGGUGGGAUGUCCUGGCAACCGACCUCCCACACAUUAUUUCUUCCGUACUAGCUCAGAAUAUCUCUCGCAACCUCACCCGUCUAUCUGGUUCAAUUCAAAUUCAAGAGCUCGACUGGACAGCAGAGCUACCAUGGGACGACGGGUCACCCGGUGUCACAAUCUCAACCUCAAGUCAUCCAUCAUCUGCCUCGCUGCCAGAAGCCGGCGCCUUGUCCCCUCCAUUCGACCUUAUUGUGACCGCGGACACCAUCUACACCCCUGAAUUAAUACAGCCUCUGCUUCGUACCUUGCACGCGUUGAGCAAGAUCUCUGUGGUCCCAGGUUCUCGUCCCCCUUUGGUGUUUGUCUGUCUAGAGCGUCGUGAUCCCGAACUAGUCGAUCGCUUCCUCGCAUGCGCAAGAGAUCCGUGGCAUUUUCAUACGGAGCAGGUACAGCGAAAGAAGAUAACGAAGGCGAUGGAGAAAAGCGGACUGAAGUGGCAGAGAGAGGAUUGGGACGAUGUAGAAAUCUGGAAGUUGAGAUGGGAAGCAGAAACUCAAGCGCAUGGCCAGACAGCCACGUAA